GUCCCCAGAAGGACGAGUCAUGUCUCCCGCGGCUGACAACCUCACUGAGGAUAGUGGAACACCUGGUCCUACAACACAAGCCCAUGCCGCACCAGCUAGCCCUGCAGUUAACUGAAUGUGGGGCUAUUGAGACUAUUAUACAGCUGUUUGAGUCCACUUGUAAGAUGCUGGAGCGACCCUGGAUGGAAGGAGUACUGUGCGGAGACAUAGUGCUGUCUGUUGUUAACAUGAUCCAGCCUGCUCUGGAUCUCUGCUACACUUACAUCUCUUAUCUUCUCUCCAAAAACCACUCCUUUGCCAAUAUGUCGAUAGUGAAGCCGCUGCUACAACUACACACCCUCCUUUUCUCACUUCCUCCUCCAGCUACUAUAGCUAACACCAUGUCCACUCUGCAGCAUACCAUCGCUAACAUUUUACUUACCUUUACCACUGGAUCAAGUCUCUCAAGUGACACCAGCUGGACUAAGCUGGUUCAGGAAGUUCUGGACUAUUCCACCUCUACUCCGCAAGCGUUUAUCAGCUCUCUCAUGAUGUUCUGUGAGCUCCUCCCCCAAACCCUGCCCAUCAUCUCUCACAUUGAACUUGGUUCAGAAGAAGAGAAAGUACUGCUCCACUAUAGAGACACAUGGGCAGCUCACCUGCUCCCUUUCUGGGGGGACCUUCAGCUACACAUUCAGUCUCUUCUACCCAGCUGCAGCACUAACGUCAAUCAGGUGGUGCGCCGAUUCCUUGGACAGAUCUGUGACUUGAGCAAUUAUUUCUCAGAAGAAAUAGUGGAGCUUCUUUUCACAGCCUUCAAUGAAACCCCUUCCGUGCUACAGUUCAUCUCAUAUCUCUCCUAUGUGGGAUCUAGUAAAGCUGCGAUAAUGGACUACCUGAUAUGCAACAAAGAAGUGUUCGAGAAGAUUCUAGAAGGAACUACAUGUGACUCUGCUGGAUUGUCUCAGCCCGCACUGAUAUGUUUGUUUGGGCUGUGCGAUCCUUUCGUCUCAAUGUUAGACUUCAACCCCGCUGAGCCUGGUAUCUCCCAGAUGUUGGUAAACAGUGUCCCUCCGACUGACAUGCUCCAAACAAUGGCACAGACCCUGCUAGCCAACCUUAACCAGGGUUCCUACACUACCAUCACUCUCAGGCUCAGAACCAUCUGGACUCUAGUCGAUCAUCAUCUUGGUCAGGAAGCAGUGCGGGUAAGUAUCCAGGGUGGAGAGUACAGGGUGGUUCUAGGUCGGCUCUGUGGAGAUCCCUCUGUAACUCAGGAACAUGACACGUGUUCUUCUCUUCUCCUCGACCUCCUUCACAGACUCACUGAACAGAGAGACGGAGAGAGAAGUAUGUACGACAUGGCAAGGUCCCUGCUGGGUGAGGACGGUAUUGACAUGUUGAAACAGUUGUCUCUGAUACUGGGGCCUGGAUCAGACCUCUCUGUUGAUAUCGUAGAGCUCCUCAGCAAGUUGAACGACCCUCCCUCUGAUAGACAUGUACAACGAGAUGUGACGGUGGCUCCGAUAAGAGGGUCAGGUAAGGACCAGUGGGAGACAAGGAAGAUCUGUGUUUCUCAGCCUCGCUCUAACUUCUGGCAACCUCCUUCAUACGAGGAGGACAGUGAUAAUCAGACUGGUCACGUGAGAGUCGAUCUAGAAGAUCUCUCUAAGAGCACUCUCCCUGACUACGACUUAAAGGAGGCUCUGGAGUCCCAUCUUACCCUGGGAGGGGUCACCUACAUCAAGGAGAAGAAAGAACAGAGGGUUGCUGGACUGGGGGAGGGUGAACAUGUCAACGCUAGAGAUAUGGACAAGCGAGGUGGUAACUACGGUAGAGGUCGUCUCACCAAGACCUCCAUGAUGCGCCUAGCUGGAGGAAAUGACUUUGUCAGAGACGUGUUCAGGUCCCGUAAACAGAACACCAGUAGACCCCCCUCCAUGCACGUUGAUGAUUUUAUUGAGAUGGAGAAACACAAGACGGGACCCACGCUCCCACCAACUAACCAGAUCCCAGUGUUACAAGAACGUUACAGUAACGCCGACCUCCAGCACCCCUCGCCCCUGAUGUGGGGUCGGGACCGGAACUCUCACCCUGGUAACUACCACCACCAGGGGCAGCACUCUGUGUACUAUAACCGAGCUGUUACCAGUGAUAGGAGCAACCAACACGGCGGCACUUGGUACCAGGGAGACACAAACAAUCAGCGUCACGUGGCUGACACGGGGGGUCGUCAUGGUAACACGUGGUACAGCAGAGACAGGUUUAGUGGAGGUGGUGGAAGAGGAGCGCGGUAUAGAGACAACAACAACAACAACAACAACCCCCAAUAUCUCCGCCAGCAGAGAAACUUCCGCUAGACGUCCAGCCGGUGGUCUUUUAUAAAUUUAGCAUUUAGCAUACGUUAUGUUUGCGUCAUUGAAUUAAUAUUGUUAUUGAUGUUAUUCAUAAGGAUGCAAUGUUUUUGGUCCUUAUGAAUCGGACGUUAUUUGACUGGACAUUGCCAAUUGCGUGAAUAGGCAUAGUUUUUAACGGACAUUAAAAUGAACGCUCAAACUCAAAGGCAAUCAAAGCAAUUAAACAUUCGAAAUUUGUCUACCUUUUUGCCUUUUUGGGCGUUGUCCCCCAAUUUUAGCAGAUAAUUUUUCGGUCUAUUUUUAUUACAAUGAGCAAAAAAAUCAGUCACUGAGCAGUAAAAAUGUUAAUAUAAUUUAGACCGAAAUUUCAAACUAAAAGUAGUCACAAUGACUUCGUAAACGGACAGACUUUAUCCAAACGGACAUUAAAAUGAACGCUACUAGGGCCUCCAGCUUCCAAUUAUGAAUGUCCAAAUAGAGUCCGGCCGGUAAGAAAAUUAUUUAAUUGACGAUGUCAAUUCAGCUCGGCGCGGCACAGUAGCGCAUCUCGCCGAUCUAGCUGUGAGAAGCCUCAUUGAGUGCGCGGCGCGGCACAGUAACGCAUCGCGCUACAAGAAAAUUAUAUAUUAUUAUUGCUCAAAUUGUACAACUAUUACUUUAUUUUACUCG